CCGCUGCCUGCCGGGACGCGUAGUCCCGCGGCCCAGCGCCGCUGCCGGCCCGCUGCAGCUUCUAAACCGGAAACUGGACAACCUCACGGGGUCUGGCAGGGGAGAAGUGGAGCUGGCGAAGCUCUGGGGCUGCUCCAGAGCUGCUGGCUCCGCCGGGGUUUGGAGUCCCGGAAAGGAUCCCUGGGCUUCCCGAGUGGGGAGCCUGGCUCCUUGGCUCUGUCCUGCAGCCUGCGCUGGCUCCUGGGGGCUGUCGCUCCAGCCCACUCCCUGCAGGUCCCCCCUCUGCCCGGUGCUGCCCACUGACCCCCGCAAAGCCCCAACAAGUGAUGGAGGGAGAGCCCACCCUGCGCCUCCGGAUCUUCGACCUCAACUGCUGGGCCAUCCGCUACCUGAGCAAGCGGCGGCAGGAGCGCGUCCGGCUCAUAGGGGACACACUGCGCCAGGAGCACUUCGACCUGGUGCUGCUCCAGGAGGUGUGGAGUGAGCAGGACUACAGUGGCCUGAAGGUGAAACUAGCAGGCUCUUACCCCUUCUCCCAUUACUUCCGCAGUGGGGUGAUCGGCAGUGGCCUCUGCAUCUUCUCCAGGUUCCCUAUUCUGGACACGCUCCUCUACCAGUACUCACUGAAUGGGUACCCCUACAUGCUCCAACAUGGGGACUGGUUCUGUGGCAAGUCUGUUGGUCUUGUCAUAAUGAAGAUCUCAGGGAUCAUCUUCAACAUCUACGUGACGCAUCUGCACGCUGAGUACUGCCGGGACAAGGAUGCCUACCUGCCCCACCGCCUGGUGCAGGCCUGGGAGCUGGCACAGUUCAUCCGACACACCUCAAAGGCAGCAGACGUGGUGCUGCUGGGAGGGGACCUGAACAUGCACCCCGAAGAUGUGGGAAUCCGGCUGCUGCGCGGCUGGACGGGGCUGCAGGACGCCUUUGCUGAGGCCACACGCUUCGAGGGCUGUAAGAAUGGCUGUACCCUUGUCCCUGACAACUGCUUCACUGACAAGUCAGAGCUGCUGCCCUUCCCGCUGGGCAUCCGCAUUGACUACAUCCUCUACAAGGCCAUCUCCAGCUUCACAGUGAAGUGUGAAGAGCUGAAGACCACCACAGGGCCAGCCCCAGGCAUGGGUAUCCCCUUCUCAGACCAUGAAGCCGUGAUGGCAACACUGCACAUCCAGAGGCAGGGACAGCCUGUGGGUGCCACCCUCGGCACAGCUGACCUGGCACUGGCAGACGUGGUGACAGAGGCACAGACAGAGGUGGGCAUGGGGCUGCAGGCAGCGCAGCGGCAGCGCUACUCCUGGGGCAGGAUGGCCGUGCUGGCCCUGCUGCUGCUGCUGCUCCAGGCUGCAGCUGUGCUGGGCACACUGGCUGGACUGGGCGCACAGCAGCCCUUCCCCAAGCUCUCCUUCUGCCUGCUGGCCUUCCUUGCCCUUGGUGUCCUCGUCCUUGCCACCGGUCUCCACCUGUUUCACACCAUGGAGGUGAAGAUACUGCACGGCACCAAGGACCAGAUGCGGAUGGCACUGCGGGCCCUGCAGGAGCGUCCCAGUGAAGGCUGAGCUGAGGCUGUGGGUGUCCCACUAUGUCCCCUUGGCCCCACCAUGUCCCCUUUUUCAUCCUUGUUUUUAGCUGACUUCAGGUUUUAAGCGAGCAGCACUGCAGCCAAUGCAGUAGUGCAGGUUUGACAUCUGCUUCUGGGUGAAAUUAAGAUUUUUGGGGCCGAUUUAUUGCAUUGUCCGCUGUGAGAACCAUGAUGGAGGCAGAUUUUUAUUGCUGUCUUUUUAAAUACACUCUUUUGUACACGGAAGGACCCACUGGCCUAGCUGGAAGGCUCGAGAAGCUUGGGCUCCCCUUGCCUGGGGUGGCCUCAAAGUUUACACUGGUGGCUGUUCUGGCAACCAGUCCUGACUCUGAUGGAAAAUAAAGGCGAUAUUUUAACCUUUGGCAUGGGGUCAGGGGGGCUUUAUUUGAAGGGAGGGGGUUUGCAGCAGGAUUGUAGGGCUGGUGCAAACACAGGCAGGGCUGGAGGAGGUGCUGAGGGGAAUGGCAGGAUGAGGGCUGAGCACAGGGUGGUGCUGCUAACAGAGGAACCUACACCUGGGACCCCCAUCCCAAUACAUCUGGGGCUGCCAUAAGCACCAUUUGGCCACAGAGGCCACCUUGCAACGGCCAGGGACUCCAGGGGUGUCUGAUGUCUGUGCAAAAGCCAGUGUGGCAUCACCAAGCAGAAGAAAUCCCAAAGGGGCAAGGAGGGAAUAGCCCCCUGGUAUCCCUUGUCCUCUGUUUUAGAGUGCUGUCCCUGAGCACAAUUCCUUAGGAGCUACUGGACAAAAAAGCCUUCCCUGGCCCAAGGGGUUCAUGGUAGGGUUCUGACCCUGGUCUCUUGCAGAAUCUGGGAACAGUGUGGAUGUGGCAUCCAAAAGCAGUGGUGCAGAGCGGCUGGAUCAGCCCAGUCUGUCUGUCACGGGCCCCAGCUUGUACAGCCAGAUGUCCCUUGAGAUGGACAGGCUGGGAUGGAUGCCCUCAGCUGGGAAGGAUGUCCCAGGGUGGUUUCAAGGGACCAUUCUGGAAGGUGCCCCUGCACAUAUGGCAUCUGCCCUGUGGCCUGCCUUUGGUGGCCAGUCACCUCCUUGCUGCUGGGAGCCACCACAGCCCACUUCUGCACUCCCCUGUGAUCUGGUUUUGCAGCAAGCACAAGGCAGAGGCAAUCCAGCCAUGCACAGGAACACCCUCUCAGCACCCCAAAGCUGAGUGCUUCUUGGUGUCUCCUCAUGUGGGCACCCACCAGCAGGUCUGGCCCCUCCGUGACAGACUUUGGCAAGCAGGGAGCUGGAUUUGCUGUGGCAGCAGCUGGCAGCUGUGGGCAGCUGGGGCACUGCCACUUCCAGAGGUAGCUCAGAGUAAUGCUCAGCCCAAGACUCACACACACACA